AAUAUUGUGAAGAGGAACGAAACUAAACAUUCACCGUCGUAAAUAAAACAAAAAAUACUCUCAAAUCAUAUAGGACAUGAGCUUCGUGUCGACACAAACACACGUAGACUCGCUCAUAGCGCCACGAGGAGCCUCGCACUUUUGAUAGAAAAUAAACAGGAAGUUGUAAGCAUUGUGGGACGUGUAGUUCCGCUUGUAGGCCGCUGAGCUUGAUAACAACGCGGAGAAGAACGAAACAAAAAUAAAAUAACCCAAACUUCACUGAAAUAUCAAAUUUGCAAGCUCCGUGCUGAAAUAAACAUGCCUGGGUUCACGUGCUGUGUUCCUGGUUGCUAUAACAACUCGCACCGGGACCGCGAGCUGCGCUUCUACACAUUUCCUAAGGAUACAACGCAGAGGGAGAUUUGGCUGAAGAACAUCUCCCGGGCCGGGGUCAGCGGCUGUUUCAGCACCUUCCAGCCCACGACGGGACACCGAGUGUGCAGCGUGCAUUUCGCCGGGGGGAGGAAAACUUACAACAUCCGAGUGCCGACCCUUUUCCCCCUGCGGGGAGUCAAUGAGCGCAAGAGUCGACGGGGCAGGGGCAGGGGCAGGAAAGUGUCCGCAGCGGUCCCUGCCACUGUUUCGAGUUCCUCCGGUAUUGUCAUCACCAACGUAGUGUCCAGCUCCGCGGAAGCCGCCGAGGGCAACGCGGGCAGCGAGGCGGGCGACGACAGCAUCACCGUGGUGCAAAUAGGCCAAAACGGCGAGUACAUCGGCACGGCGCGUCUGCCCGCCCAGACGGAGGGGGGGUGCUACACCGCGAGCUCCGCCGACACAACCGGCGACGAGUCGGACGCCGUGGCCAUCGUCCACCAACAGACCGUGCAGUACCUCAGCGUGACCAGCAGUCCGCUGGACCACUCGUACUCACUAACCACAGGCACCACGUCCGCCGAGCUGCUGCGGAAACUCAACGAACAGCGCGACAUCAUCGCGCUGAUGGAGGUAAAGAUGAAGGAGAUGAAGGCGACCAUCCGCCAGCUGCGGGUGACCGAGGCCAAGCUGCAGGAGGAGGUGCGGGAGCGGGACCGCCUGCUCUACGGAGCCGCCACGGCGUUUAAUGUGCGGAAGAAAAUCUGAUGUGCGGAGGACGGAGCGACGAGCAGCUACAAAGACUCAAAACUUCAGGAGAUGACACCAAGAAAUCCGAAGACAGCAUAUCUAGCCCUAUUUUCUAUAAAACGUCGAGCGAUGACAAUUUAUUUUCAACAGUAGAGAUAGCUAAUUUUUCGUAGGCCUAUUGUAAAAGAAAAAAACCUUGGUUGGCUAGUUAUGUAUCUGAUGAUAAUAAUAAUCCUGCGCUAAUCACCUAGGAACAUUUUCAGUCCACUUGUGGGCUGCUGGCCUUCAAUUCUACCAAGGUCGACUACAGCUAUUUUACUGAAUCAAUUGAGAGUCAUAGUUGGCAUAAAGUGACAAAUGAGGAAGGCUUUCACUUUUUUUGUAAGUGGACUGGUGGGAGGACAGAGGAGAGCCAGACCAGCCAAUCAUGUGUGAUUUCUUGGCUGUUGAAGUGCAUCUGCCCGUUGUGUGAUCUAUGUGCCUGUACAGGGUCUGAUAUUUCACCACACAGAGGCUCAAAAGACUGCAUCUGAGCUCUGCCACCCAGUGUUUUAUGCACAGGAUGUUACAAUGAUUUUUCUGAUUUUGAACUUGGCCUGACAGCUAUGUCCUCUCAAUCUGAAGUAAACUGCAUUUGGAAUUGUGGCUGAUUGACGGUGACUUAUUUCUUAACUCAUCAGACGUGCCCUUGCUGUGAUGAUGUUUGACAGUAUUACAGUGACAAUACAAAAUAGGCUGCGGGUGAGCAGAUUGUGUCUAAGUGUUGCUUGAUCUCUCAAAUCACCUUGAAGAUUAGUGGUUAGCCCAUCAUGGCCAAAAACUGAAUGGGUGCUGAAACUGCACAUAUCUUCUAGAAACUGUUUGGAUUGUUGAUUUAGGUAAGGAGAGGCACAAACAGGGGUUUUAAGUGACUUGAGCUGAAGAUUAACUAGAGAUUUUCAGAUGUUGACUGCAGUAAGUUGUGGAAAUUAUGGUGAAAUGUAUCAAAAUUAAAUCAAACUAUAAUGCAUCAAGACUUGUGAUAGCACUGUGGUGCUAAGCCACUCAUCAAGACUGAAUUGCAAUGUUCCUGCCAUGUUUUGCAUAGACACACACCUGUUGGGCCAAGUUACAAACAAAUUGGUGCUUAAAGUUGUCAGGAGAUGAGGGCAGGCUAAAAGACAUUGUUAACGUUGGUUUGCCUGAUUGUUCGAUGGAAGAUCAUUUAUGGAUUUAUUUUACAAACUACUGGCUGCAAUCUGUGUUCACAGCCUGAUUUUUGUUUGGCAGGAGGCAAAGUGCCUGCCAGGUCAAAUGUUGCAGCGUGUCUCACACCCUCUAGAUGGCAGUGGGAUAAAAGCUUGCACAGUGGAGCUUUACGGGGUUUAUAGCUUUCAUUCUACAUAUGGCCUAAUUUGCUUUAUCUGUUCCUGUGUGCGUGUGUGUGUUUGUGUGCUGGCAGCUUGGAUGGUCAUUUGCUUAAUUGUGCUGACAUAUUUUGAAAUAUUAAAAAUGUUUGAUUUCACUUGAUGUGAA